AAUGUCUGGUAUUUAGUCAAAGUAUAUAGGAAGAGGAAUCACAAUAUUCUGAACAUCCAGGAGGUUGGAUUGAGUGGUUUUGUGCUCACGAAGAUCAUUAAUUUUUAUGCGAAGUAGAUGAUGAUUUUAUUCGCGAUCCAUUUAAUUAAAUUGGAAUAAAAAAACAAUAUCUUAAUGAAGCCAUCAACAUGAUUUUACAGUCUACUUCACCAGAAGAUUAAGAUUUAGAAGAUGAAAGGUUUUCAUAUUUUAAUACAUCACAAAAGAUUUUUAGAGGUUUAUUAAGAAGCAUCUGAUAUUUAUGGUCUGCUACAUGCCAGAUUCAUAUUUUCAUCAAAAGGAUCUGCAAUAAUGAGAGAAAGAUAUUUAUAAGGCAAAUUUGGUCAUUGUCCUAGGAUAUAUUGUGAGAAGUAGAAUGUCAUUCCUAUUGGGUUAUGUGAAGAUUUAAAAACAGCAAGAGUUAAGGUUUAAAAUAAAAUAAGAAUAUAGGUGUUUUGUCCACGUUGUGAAGAAGUUUACAUGCCAAAAAAAAAGUGUGCUGAUAUUGAUGGUGCUUAUUUUGGAAAAUCAUUUCCAUAAUUUUUGUUGAUGGUUGAUAUAUAUAUAUUAAAUUCCUUAGACAUAUCCUGAUUUACAUCCAAAAUAUUAAUUAUUACCAGAAACUUAAAUAAAGGCUAAUUUUGAACCCACAUUAUUUGGAUUCAAGAUUGCUGGCAAAUAGGGCAGUAAAAUUAAAAGGUUUGAAUAACAACUAUAAGUAAACUAAAUUAUUACUCAACCAAUCAUUUAAUCAACUGAAUAAAAUGUUCUAAUAUAAGAACAAAAAUAAAUUAGAAUAUAAUAAUAAUAAUAAUAAUAAUAAUAAUAACAAUAACAAUAAUAAUAACAAAAACAAUAAUAAUAACAAUAACAAUAACAAUAACAAUAAUAAUAAUAACAAUAAUAAUAAUAAUAAUAACCAUCAAAAGAAUAAAAUUCAGAACCUAAUCAUAAAAAAAAAAAUAAGAAAAAGCAUAAAAAUUGA